UUUAACUCACAUUUUCCAGGCCACACAGGAGGUUGGAUUGAAUUCUCACGUGUCUGCUUCUCCUGUUUUUGUGUCGUUCUGGGUUUUGCACUGAGGUGCAUCAAACCUGAAUGGUGCAAAGAGGUUACAGGAAUACAAACUUCAGGCUGUUACAGGAUCCAGCAGAUACCACAGGGGUGCAAGAGAAGAGUGUUUCCCAGGCUUUGUGAAAUGUUUUUGUCCUCCUUCUCAGGUUUAAAUUACUGCCUCUGAGAAGACAGAGGACUCAAUGAUCCUAGAGGUCUUUUCCAACCUAAGCAAUUCUGUGAUUCCAAGGCUAGUUCUAGGAGCCCAAAAAACCCCAAAGUGCCAUAUUUGUCUAGAACACAUUAAGCAAUGGUGGUGGGGCCUCUGUGCUAAGCCAUGGCCACUCACACACCCCCUGAAAUGUUUGGGCUCACAAGUCACCUCAAUCUUCCUUGUGUUUCUGUUUUUGCAGAGCUGACCCUGAACCCACCAGAAGGGAUUGUGGCAGGUCCCAUGAAUGAAGAGAACUUCUUUGAAUGGGAAGCCCUGAUCAUGGGUCCUGAAGACACCUGUUUUGAGUAUGGGGUUUUCCCUGCCAUCCUGAGUUUCCCGCUCGAUUACCCGCUGAGCCCUCCGAAGAUGAGGUUCACGUGUGAGAUGUUCCAUCCCAACAUUUAUCCAGAUGGCAGAGUGUGCAUCUCCAUCCUUCAUGCUCCUGGGGAUGACCCCAUGGGCUACGAGAGCAGCGCGGAGCGGUGGAGCCCCGUGCAGAGCGUGGAGAAGAUCCUCCUGUCAGUUGUGAGCAUGCUGGCAGAGCCAAAUGAUGAAAGUGGAGCCAAUGUAGAUGCCUCCAAGAUGUGGCGGGAAGACAGAGAACAAUUUAACAAAAUUGCCAAGCAGAUUGUGCAGAAGUCACUUGGACUUUAAGCUCACAGAGAGACUGAAGUGUUUUGUAUUUCUCUCCACCUGGAAACGAGCAGUGCUCAGUGCUGGUACCAAAAAGGAAAACUUUGUAAAACUAUUGGCCUAGUUCUUAUAAUUCGUUAUUUAUUUACCAUCUCUUUUCUUCCACUGCUCCAGAGAAGCCUCUAGUUCACUCACUAAAUUGUGAAAAAGGGAUUUAAUGGUAGAGAAAAAUACAGAGACAAUGCUGUUUCAAAGGCUGCUUGUUGCUGCCUUACUUUGUGGUGUGGAAAGCCUGGAGACUUGGCAAUCUGCAGCCCUCCCUCACCCAUCUGCUGUUGGAGAGCAGUGCUGCUUUGGAUCGUCUGCUGGCAGAAUUAGUUGUGUUUUUAUAGGUAGCAUUGCAUCUGGAGCAGCAGUAGACAGGAAUUACUCUAUCCAUUCUGUACUUGUUAGGUUAAGGGCAGCAGUUGCAGUCAGAUCUGAUUUGAAGAGUAUAGUUAGCAGGAGAGGCUGUAUAGCAGGGCUGUAGUCAAGGUGUGUUAGCAAAGAAAGGAACUGUAGGGAGUGAGCUGUGAGGACUGGCUGGGGGUCUGGAAUGGCCUGGUGUUCCCAUGUAGCACUGUGAGUUUGUACUGAGCCUUUGAGUCAGUGUUGGCUUGGCAGAAAUCCCAAGAGCUGCUUUAUUAGUCCUUGAAGACACUCAGUUGUAAACUUGACACUCAGAGGCAUGAGGUGUAAAGGCUGGAUUGUGCAAGGUCACCUGGGUGAGGCAGGUUGGAAAAUCCAGUGAGGAUGUGUUUGCUGGGCUGGGCAUGUUCACAGCUCUGCAGGAAUAUCAGCUCACUCUGGUGGCAUGUGAGUGUUGAGAGGGUUUGGCACUGCUUUGCCAUUCCAGCCCUGUCACCCAUUUCCAGGUGAAGGAGCCAAGGUGAGCAUGAUGGACUUACAGAAGUGACCUGUGGCACUACACUGAGUGCUCUUGUGCAUUAAAUGGGAGCCAGAGAGCAUGGGCUGUUUGCUGAGCAUGGCACUGUGUGUGCUUUGGACAUUUGCAGUGUUGUAGCCAGUGUGAGGGGUGCAGGAAAUCCAGCUGGUCAGUUCCUAAAUCUGCUGAGGGACCUCUGCUGACCUUUCUGCUUUGCAAGCCAAUCUUAUGUGUAGGUCCAAAUUUCUCCAAUUUACUACAAGCAAUAACAUGCCCACUGAUAGCACAUGGAAUCCAAUUUUGUUGGCAGCUUUAAAUGGGCUAAAUUUGACAAGGGCUGGUUUGUUUUUUUGUUUUUUUAAUGUGAAAAAUUGUGAUGUGGAAGGAGUCACACCAUGAAGAAAGCUUUACAGAGGUGAUGGUGUGCAUGUGUGUGGUACAACUGUUCAGCAUUUCUGUCUUGCUGUCUGUGCUGCACAUCACACUUUGCCAUCGUUGUGCACCUCUGGAGAGUUGUGUUGCUACAACCUGCUGAUUUUACCUCCUUGUAGAAGUAAUUGUGGCUUUGAUGUCGGGGUGGAAGUGGGACUGGACAUAGCUUGGGAGCAGAGAUGAUGAAAUAGUGUUGUACCUAACUAGUAUUUCAAGGCAUACAGGAAAAUGUAGCACUUUAUGCGAACUGGGAGUGUUUUCUGGAGUAGAGGGAGGAUUGUUCCUGGGAGUCCUGCAGCCACCUUUGGGAACAACCCUGGAGAGCUGCAGGAGCCACUGCAGAAACACAGAUGUGGCAAAAGUGGGGUUUGCUUAAGUGCUGAGUGUUUUAUUCAUGUGUGCUUGCUCAUUAUCUUGAUUUUAUGGUGGGAUUUAGUCUGUAUACUGAAAAUAAAGUGCUUAUAUUUUCUCCUUUUAUAGUUGU